UUCUUGCAUGUUAUUCCAUUCUUACUGUGGGGGAAAAUAGAUUAGAGUUAGCUUAGCCAGAAUAGGAAAUUGAACAAUGAAGCUGGAUUUGGAAGAACAAAUGGGUGGUGCUGCCGCUCAGAGCCACAUCCUAGUGUUCGCUUUCCCGGUUCAAGGUCAUAUAAAUCCGAUGGUUCAAUUCGCCAAGCGGCUAGUCUCUAAAGGCCAAAGGGUUACUGUAGUCACCACCUUCUCUGCUAGCAAAUCGAUACCAACACCGAAUCCAACCUCGUUAGGAUCCAACCUCAAGAUGGAGUUCAUCUCAGAUGGCUCCAAACAAGUUGCGGGUUCCGAAUCUAUCGAGGAGUCUAUAGAGCGUUUCCGAAUCUCAGCCACAAAGUCCUUAAUCAACCUCAUAACGAAGAUCAGGAACAGCAGCGACGCGUUGCAAUGCCCUCUCAAGUUCGUGGUGUACCACUCGGGCAUGCCGUGGGUUUUAGAUGUGGCACGCCGACAAGGCAUAGACGGUGCUCCGUUUUUCACAACUUCAUUAGCAGUUGCUACCAUCUUUCACCAUGUCCAUGAAGGAACGCUGAAGCUACCCUUAGAAGGGCCAAGGGCAAUGAUGCCCACCAUGCCACCAUUAGAGCUCAAUGACCUACCGUCGUUUCUCUCCGAUGUCGAGUCAUACCCAGCUUUUCUUAAGCUUGCCACGAAUCAAUACUCCAAUUUGAAGAAACCAAACUGCAUCUUCUUUAGCAGUUUCGAUAAGUUGGAAAAAGAGGUACUAAAAUGGAUGGAGAGCCAAGAUUGGCCGGUCAAGAUGAUAGGACCAACACUUCCUUCAGUUUUCUUGGACGAGCGGUUGGAGGAUGACAAAGACUAUGGUCUUAGCCUUUUCAAGCCAAAUGUGGAGACUUCCAUGAAAUGGCUGGACAGCAAGAAACCUGGCUCAGUUGUCUAUGCCUCAUUUGGAAGCUUGGCAGACCUAAGCAUAGAGCAAACUGAGGAACUCGCAUUUGGUCUUAAAAAUAGCUGUUUCGACUUCCUGUGGGUAGUCCGAGAAUCCGAACAAGAUAAACUUCCUAAGAAUUUUGAACAGGAGAUAUCAGGGAAGGGUCUCGUAGUGAGUUGGUGUCAACAGCUACAAGUCUUGGCUCACGAGGCAGUGGGGUGUUUUCUUACUCACUGUGGAUGGAAUUCGACUCUCGAAGCGUUGAGCUUGGGAGUACCAAUGGUGGUGAUUCCGCACUGGGCUGAUCAACCCACGAAUGCAAAGUUUGUGGAGGAUGUGUGGAAAGUCGGGGUUAGGGUUAAUGUGAAUAAGAAAUCUGGUCUCGCAACAAAAGAGGAAAUAGCUGUGUGCAUUAAGGAGGUCAUGGACAAGGAAAAGGGGAUGAAGUUUAGAAUGGCUUCAUUGAAUUGGAAGAAAUUGGCUAAUGAGGCUGUGGAGGAAGGUGGAAGCUCUGAUAAGAACAUUGAAGAAUUUGUAGAAAAAGUUUCAUUAAUCUGAACAUUGUAGCUUAAUUAAUUAAGCACUUACGUACUGUAUGUAAUGAGUGUGAUCAACAAUAAAAGUUAUUCAUCUUUG